GUGGUUGGCUUGACUGGGGGCAUUGCUUCCGGCAAAUCCACCGUAUCUCGCCUUUUGCAAGGCUCUCAAAUUCCAGUCAUUGAUCUGGAUGUGCUAGCUCGAGAAGUCGUCAGGCCUGAGGAUGCCUCUGGAACGCUCUCGAAGCUUGUCAAUGCCUUUGGGCAUUCCAUCCUGCAGCCUUCGGGAGAGCUGGAUCGGGCCGCGCUUGGAAGAAUAGCCUUUCCGGAUGAGAAGAAGCGCAAAAUUUUGAACAAGAUUACGCACACGGCCAUUAGGAAACGAAUGGCUUGGUUAUUGGUCAAGCAUUGGCUCACGGGCAGCAAGCGCGUCGUCGUCGAUACGCCCCUAUUGAUCGAGGCCGGCCUGUGGAAGUUUUGUGGUCAGAUACUGCUCGUUUGGUGCUCUCCCUCCGAUCAGCUCAGUCGCUUGCUCUCUCGCGAUGGACCCUCAGGAUUGACGCAGUCCGAUGCCGAGUCGCGUCUCAAAGCUCAACAUGCCCUCUCGAGCAAGCUGCCUUACGCAGAUGUCGUGCUCGACAACUCUUCCGCGCUCCAAGGCAGCUCUGCAGAAGAGCAGACUGGCUCGACGCUAGGUGCUAAUGCCGCCUCUCCAGCUCUUCAAGAGCAAGUGCAAGCCUUGGUCAAGAGUUGGCAGAAGCAGCAGAGCACAUUGCUCGGAAGCGUCUCUUGGCUUGCUAGUUGGAUCAUUCCCCCCGUGGGCGUCCUUGCCGGGGUGUGGGCGAUUUUCCGC